UACAAACGUGUGCAAGAUAGGGCUCUGACGAGACCUUUUAUUGUCUAGCCUAUGUGCGAGACACACUUUAACCAAUGUUAGGUAUGGUAAGGGAUAAUAGGUUACAAUACAUUAUCUCCGUUUUACCCAAAUUAUUUUACUACGCUUGGCAAUUAGCAGGAUUAGUAUUCGUCAUGUAAAAAUCCCGCUGCUAUGUUGCUACUGUGCCUGGUGCUUGUGACUAGUCUAAUUCAAGAUGUGAAUCAUUGUUGAAAUAUUAGCAGGUUAAAAUAUUCAUUGGUGCUGUCUACCACACCUAUAUAGACUUGCCAUUUUACUCUUUGUUUGUGAUAUUAUCUUCAGUAGCCUAGCCGAAAGUUGGAGUAUUCACUGGCAUUUUCUUGAAUUUUAUAGGUGGGUCUACUACCUGAAAAGAUCAUUCAUUAAUGAUGGCAAUACCAAUAGCAAUACUAGAUUGUGACUUACUGCUUCAUGGAAGAGGACAUAAAACACUGGACAGAUUUGACAUAGACUCUGUUUCGGACGAAUUCCUGUUGACAACAUUUGGUUUCCCAAGAGAGUUCAUUUACUACUUGGUGGAACUGUUGCGGGACUGCCUGACGCGACGCACACAGAGAUCCAGAGCCAUCAGUCCGGAUGUACAGAUUCUGGCUGCUCUCGGAUUUUACACAUCAGGGUCUUUUCAAAGCAAAAUGGGAGACGCUAUAGGCAUCAGCCAGGCCUCCAUGAGUCGCUGUGUUACAAACGUUACUAAAGCGUUGAUUGAGAAGUCAGCAGAAUUCAUUUGUUUUACUAGAGAUGAUUCCACCAAACAGCAGUCCAAAGAGGAGUUUUACAGGGUAGCUGGAAUACCUAAUGUCAUAGGCGUAGUAGACUGUGGUCAUAUAGCCAUCAAAGCCCCCAAUGCUGAAGACUCAUCUUAUGUUAAUAAGAAAGGCUUUCAUUCAAUUAACUGUCAGAUUGUUUGUGAUGCAAGGGGACUUUUACUAUGCGCUGAGACACAUUGGCCUGGGAGUCUGCAGGAUGAAUCCAUAUUUAAACAGUCUUCUGUCUUAAAGUAUUUUGAAGAGCAAGACAAGGAUGAAGGCUGGUUAUUAGGAGACAACUGCUACCCACUGAAGAAAUGGUUAAUGACACCUGUACAGAACCCAGAGGCUCCUGCUGAUUACCGCUACAACCUUGCCCACACAUCCACACAUGAGAUUGUUGAUCGCACAUUCAGAGCCAUACAGACAAGAUUUCGUUGUCUAGAUGGCUCCAAGGGCUACCUGCAGUACUCACCUGAGAAGUGUGCUAACAUAAUCUUAGCCUGCUGUGUUCUCCAUAAUGUCUCACUUCAGUCAGGACUAGAUGCUUGGACCUUUGAGAGGACUGAGGCCAAAGACCAAUCUGAUGAAAUGACUGAACACCCAGACACUGUGGACUCUGAGGCACACAGAAUACGUCAGGAGCUCAUUCUCAAUCACUUCAGCUAAACAUAGUAUUCUUUGCAAAGAUCGGGUUCAGGAAUAGUCUUGCAUUUUAUGGCGAUAAGGGAUAGUUCACCCAGAAAUUAAAACUGGGUAACCAUCUAUUCAGCCCCAUGCUAGAGACCUACAGUGUUGCCCUAUGGUAGAGAACAGGGUUACCAAGACAGACAUGCAGGCAUGUGCAUUUAACCCUGCAGAAGUCAAGACGCAUCAAUCUAUAAUGGCCAUGUAGGAUUUAAGGAAGUCCACAUAGAGGUCAAUCGAACUUUUACACUAAAUGAGACUUUCUAACAUCAUUUUAUUCAGAAUUAAAUCACAAAGAAUUCACACACAAAAAAAAUCAGUUUGUUUACCAAAAAUGCAUACCGUAGGCCUGUUUAAAUGGAUGCUCAUUCCUGAGAUCCCUGUUGCAUAUGUUUGGUACAGAAUAAAGAAUUGAAGUGCU